AAAGGCCAGCUCGCCUGACCCUCUUCGUUUCUUUCCCCGGAGCAGGCCCCCGGAGCGGAGCCGGAGAUGCUCAUGCACAUGGAUCAGAAGGAGGAACUGCGGUUGUCCCGUCCCCGCUCCUGCGAAGGGAAGAGUGCUCUGAGCGGCACCUCAGCCACCCUUAAAUACUGGACUGUGGUGAUCAGGUCUCCCCUGAGCCUUCUGUUCUCUGGGCAGAACAAGCCCAGCUCUCUCGGCCUUUCCUCAUACAGCAGGCACCAGGCCCAGCCCCUGAUCAAGACCCAGAGAAGGGCAGACAAGCAGUGAUGUGUCCCUGUAUCCUUUCACAGGCCUGAGGCGUCUGUGGCUUCAGAAGCUCCUGAACUAGGCACAUAACGUCUCAAGAUCUCUCUUCUUGCCUUCUCAAGCUGCGCACAUUGUAGCAUCCAUGGCAGCUUGCAGCAAGGAGUUCCCCAGCUUAUUUAGGUGAAGAUGAGAUUGUGAGCAUGAAUGAAGACAAUGCCAGUCAAGGCAUCCCCAGGCCAGCGGAGCCCAAGGGUUUAUGCUCAGGACUGUCUGAGGCGAACAGUUCCCAGGGUCCUGCACAGAACCCUGUUCUCCCACGCAGGUCAGAAAGGAUUCAGAGAUCUCUGGGGAAGAGGCAAAGCCGAGCAACAGUGUGUGGAAAACGCUUCAGGAUGCUGCCGGAUGUUAUCCAGCAGAGAAACCCUUCCAUGGGGAGACUGACGAUAGAUGGGGACUGCGGGAAGAGUUUCCAGGUGAGCUCCGACCUCAUCCAGCAUCAGAGAAUCCACACUGUAGAAAAACCCUUCUCCUGCACCGAAUGUGGGAAGAGUUUCCAGCACCGGUCACAUCUCAUACAUCACCAGAGGAUCCACACAGGGGAACGGCCCUACGAGUGCUCCGAGUGCGGGAAGAGCUUCAGAGAGAGCUCGAAGCUGAUCCGGCACCAGGUAACCCACACUGGGGAGAAGCCCUACAAGUGUGCCGAGUGUGGGAAGAGCUUCUCUGGGAACCCACAGCUCCUCCAGCACCAGUGGGUGCACACUGGGGAGAAACCCUACGAAUGCAGGACCUGCGGGAAGAGCUUCACUGUGAGCUCAAAGCUGAUCCAGCACCAGGUAAUCCACACCGAGGAGAAUCCCUACAAGUGUGCUGAGUGCGGGAAGAGCUUCUGUGGGAACUCUCAGCUCAUCCUGCACCAGCGGGUGCACACUGGGGAGAAACCGUACGAGUGCAGGACCUGCGGGAAGAGUUUCAGCGUGAGCUCAGCCCUGACACGACAUCAGUGGGUCCACACCGCGGAGAAGCCCUACAAGUGUGCUGAGUGUGGCAAGAGCUUCCCCCAGAGCUCGAAGCUCAUCCAGCACCAGCGGGUGCACACUGGGGAGAAACCCUAUGAGUGCAGGACCUGCGGGAAGAGCUUCAGCUUGUCCAUAGCCCUGACACGACACGAGCGGGUCCACACUGGGGAGAAACCCUACAUGUGCAGGACCUGCGGGAAGAGCUUCAGCGUGAGCUCAAGCCUGACACGGCACCAGCUGGUCCACACCGGGGACAAACCCUAUGAGUGCUCUGAGUGCGGGAAGAGCUUCAGUGUGAGCUCGACACUGAUCCAGCACCAGGUAACCCACACUGGUGAGAAGCCCUACAAGUGUGCCGAGUGCGGGAAGAGAUUCUGCGGGAACUCGCAGCUUGUCCGGCACCAGCGGGUGCACACUGGGGAGAAGCCUUACAAGUGUGCUGAGUGUGGGAAGAGCUUCUCUGACAACAUGCAGCUCAUCCGGCACCAGCGGGUCCACACUGGGGAGAAGCCCUAUGCCUGUGCCCACUGUGGGGUCAGCUUUCGGCAGAGUGGCCACCUGAUUCAGCACCUGCGCGUCCACACUGGGGAGCGUCCCUACGUCUGUGCAGAGUGCGGGAAGGGCUUCAAAGAGAGCUCAGCGCUCUUCCGGCACCAGCAGACCCACAGGCGUGGGGGGCCCUAGGUGGUGAGUGUGGGGAGCAGUGAGGUCUGAUACUCUGUGAGCAAAGCCUGGUGUCUCCCCCUCACAUUGACCACCCUGCUUGUGGAGGAUGAAAGCAGUUUCAUUCUAGGAGAAUGAGGCCUCAUAGAUGAAGAAGGGGAGAGCCGGUGGAGGGAGCUGAUUGGAGGUUUUGGG